GACAAAAUUUCUCGUGACCGGACACACCACACAUCACAACAUAACACAAAUAUUGCUUUCUUUUCCCAUCGCCAUUUAAGGGUUUCAAAGUUUCACUUUCCCUUUCUUCCCUCUCACCUUGCAUAUCUCAUUUUCCUUCAAUCCAUGCCUUUUAUUUUCGCUUUCUUUCUCCAAUUCGUCUAAUUUCACCAUCGUUCGACGCGGUACAUUUGCUUUUCUCUCUCCACGUUUCUUCCUUCAAUGUGCUCUGCACCUGCCAUGUCGUUUUAGCGGUAUAUUGGAAUCUCACCUGGGUUCUAAUUGAUGCAUUCACACCGUUAGCAGUUGGAUUUCAAUUCUAAGAUGAGCAAUUCUCACUCUGAAAAUCAUGAUGAAGCAACUGUGGUGGGAUUUGAAGUUCCAAAAUCACCUGAAUCCAGUUACAACAAUGUCUACCCUGGAAAUGAAGAUGAGGCAAGGGAUCCGCCUAUGGUGCCUUCACAUUUGCAACACACUUUGCUCAAUUAUCCUGCUACCAGAGACACUGCAGGAACAGUUCCAUUGCCUCAGAACGUGAUUCUAAAUCAUCUUUACAUCGAGAAUAGAGAGUCCCCAAGAUCUGUGGUGGCUUUGGGAUUCACUCAUCGUUUCCGUUCUAAAUAUGUUACAGUCGUCCUUUACAAACCAGUCCAAAGAAGGGGAAAUACAGGCAUUUAAUGUUCAUAUUCGAAACUUAAUCACCGACGACUGUUUGUAAUGAUUUAUUGUAGACUCAAUAUUCCAAUUACUGGAAAUGAUAUUUUAAUGAACUUAAGUAGAUUAUUUCUUGGUAA